AUGGAUUUUGCUAAAUUUAAGGCGGCGGUGCAACGCGCCAACGACUGCCUCGAAAGGUGGUUCAGCCUACAGCGUUUGCCGGCUUUAUCCGACGUCCGCAACUUCUCCGCCCUACCCUCGGCGCCUCAGCUUCAGCAGCUGGUGUUCGCCAAACAGGCCCGAGCUCUGGAGGCCGUGUUUGGGCGGCUGCAAGCCAACCUGGUCGAGUUGGAGUCCGUUGUUCGUUCCCAGGAGCGGUUGGUGGUUGAGAUGUGGCGGUUGCUGGGGGAGAGUCCUUCCCCGGGAGCAUGCGGGGCAGUGCAACCGGGGGGAGCGAGUGUGGCCCAAAUGGUGGAGUCCGUGGAGGAUGUUUGGCGCAUGUGCCGUGACGACCUGGCUGUCCGCGGUGCGGCGCUGGCCUCUCUGAGCCACACGACCACUCCCCGGAAGUUCGCGGAGGUGCAGGCGGCGUUACUCAGUGGGUUGGGGUGCCCGCUGGGGUAG